GCAGUCUGUCUCACUUGACAACAGUGUGAGCAUGUAUUGUAGGUAACAUUUGAGUAGCCUAUAAACAAUUGUUCGUUUGUGGCAUAUACUUUUCUGGCCGUACCUUCCCUUUAAAAAACAAGGAUAUGAUGAGACAUUCCAAUGUCAUUUCUGCAGCACUCUUUCUGAAGUUUCCUUUCUACCUUCCCUGCCCAGUUUUAAGAAGUGAGUCAUUGGGUAGGCUAGCAGUCCAUUCUAUCAGAGCGCUAGAGAGAGUGGAUGGGAUGGAUAGAGUUUCUGGAUAGAGCGGAGGUAGUCACUGAAAACAUUACAUAGGAGGGUCGACCGGAGGUGAAAUACGGAGGGCGCCGAAUCUAGUUCCUCUACGAAGCACUUGUCUACCACACGUGAAUCUCAGUCAAGGUCAAGAAGAAUUGAUUCUCGGUCAAGAAGAAGUGAGUUUCAGCAAAGGAAAAUGCUUCACCAGAACCGACCCGUGAAUCCCCAGUACGGAGGCCAGGGAGGCGGCUCCUCCUCACUGCGGAUACUCAGCAACAACAGCCAGCCUCAGGAGGGCAACAGGAAGCAAGGCAAGAAGGACGGCAACUUCAACUUCCUGGGUCAAGACGAUGACAUCAUGAUGGGAGGGGACGAGAACCGCAACCAGGUACGUCCUUGUAACCUGAGCUUGUUGGGCCGCGAUCAGCCCCACCCUCCCUCCUCCUCAUCCUCUUUCAACCACUACGGUCCGGGGCCCCUGUCCCCACUCUCCCGCCUUCCCUGCUGGAGCCCCCUGGAGCCCCUGCCUGAGAUUGAGAGUGGAGACAAUGGGUACAGAAGAGUCCCCCCGGACGGCGCAGAGGAGGGCAAGAUGCAGGAGGAGAUGGUGAGGAUGAGCGAUGACGAGAAGGAGAAACAAGAGCUGAGGGGAGGCAGCAUGAAACAGGGAGUGGUGGUGGAAGAGGAGGAGGUGGAAGGGGAGGAUCCAGAGGAAUGGGGCAACAGCGACUCAGAGUUUGAGUUCAGGUCCAGCGGCAGCCUGUCCUCUCUCAAUAUGGAGAGUGGAGGCGAGGGUGCUGGGAUGGGGGGGUGGGAUCACAUUGGAGUGGGGGAGCCCAUGGCCAACCACCACCAGGGGAGCGACCAGCUUACCCCCUCUUUGACCAGGAAGUGGGACGACAAGACGGCGAGGACAAGGAGCGACAAGCCUCUGAGAAUGGGGAACAGCCUGCUUGACGGGGGAACGUUGUCGGACUCGGACACGGACUGCGGUGAGCUACCUGAGCUGGAGGAAGCCGUGUGGACCCUGAGGGAACGCGAGCGCUUUAAGGCCCAGGAGAUGGAGAAGCACCAGGUCCAGCUGACCAUGUACCGCAGGCUGGCUCUGAUCCGCUGGGUUCGCACCCUGCAGGGCCGCGUCCAGGAGCAGCAGAACCGCCUACAGUCCAGCUUUGACGUCAUCCUCGACCACAGGAAGGAGCUGCUGCGCAUGGGUGCUGGCACCACUGCAACUGCCACCGCCAGCCAAUCGUAGAGCAAGAAGGAAGAGCGGAGGCCAUAACAGGAAGUGGCCACUAGCACAGACAGGACAAUCUUUGAAGGGGAAUUCAAAGGCAUUGUUGCCAUUGGCGAUGGUUAUUGUGCUUAUUUUGUCCCAGGCUUAACUUUCCCUGAACUAGACGAUCUCCAAGCCUCCUCUGAGAUUUCACUCUGUUGUGGUGUUUCAAUAAGUGGAUAAUGCAGUUUGUUUUUUAUUUAUUGGCGUCCUACCCUGUGUCACUUUCCAAAUAUAUCCAAGUCACCUUUCUUCUUGAGAGCCAGGAUACCUUUUUUCACCCUAAUUCCGCCAAUCUAUUGAAAUAUAUAAGAGUUUAAUAAAUGCUUGUAUCUUAAAAUGUU